AUGCAGAAAAUCCCACAAACACCGGACCUUUAUCAAGAUAUUUCCACUACUUGGUAUGGUUUAGAUUAUGCCACCAAGUUUGUUCUUCAAGGCUGCAGUUGCAACAGAAUAUUGAAACACCAAAAGGCUGAGCAAUUUAAGGGUAUUGAGAAUGAGACACAUCAAAUUUGCCCAAGACAGACCAAUAAUAGAUACAUCCCAAUAGCUUUGGAAGAAAUUGACCCAGGUGACACUGAGAAAGCAUUAGCUGAGAUUGGAAAUGCUUGUGUGAGUUGCAGUGAAGCUAUUGAACAUGAUUCCAAGCACGAAGUGACACCUUUAACGAUCAACGACUAUAGAAAGUAUUUGAAUGUGAAAAUGGAAUGCGGAAGGAUUUGUAAAAGAUGUUACAACUUGCAUGCCAAGAACAAGAAAAAUAACAUCACUACAAAGAAAUCUAACAAAUAA